AUGGACCCUGCUACACCACCUAGAUCUAGACAGAUUGCCAUGAGAUCAACUUCUUCUGAUCAUGGGAAAUUUCAUGCAAAUAGUAAUAAUCCAAAUUCGGGACCAAAGACUCCCAGUAAAAAUGGUUCACAGAAUAAUUUAAUUCCAGUGACACCUUCCACUGUAAGACCAUUCAAAAACCAACCAUUUUUACAACCUCCUACUCAAACAAAUAAUAAUAAUAACAACAACAGUGCGAAAAAUUCUAUAAAUUCUCCAUUUAAUGGGUUGAAAUCACCUGAAUUCUCACCUUUCAUAAGGAGAGGUUCUUUAGGUAUGAAAAAUCAAUUAAAUAUUUUUCAUGAUAAUAUCAAUAACAAUAAUGAUAGUGAUAAGACUGACUUACAAGGUAUAAGUAAAAUACUAUUCCCAAGUUCAAGCAAUAACCGUUUAAUAAAUGAAGAUAUCAAAAAUCAUAAUAGUCAAUCAGAACAAAAUACAUCUAUUUCAUUACUACCGCCUUCCAAUUCAACAUCUCCAUCCGUCUCUGCAUCUCCAUCUCCAUCUCCAUCUCCAUUGAAUAUAAAUAAAAGGUCUAAUAGAACGCUAUUGGAUCAAUUACAACAAGAACAACAAAGACCUGAUGAUAGGUCUUUCAUUAAAUCACAAAAGACUGUACCGGGAACUCCAAGUGAUAAAAUAAUAACAGAUGAACAAUCUAGAUUAUGGAAUAACGUUUCGAAUGUUUUCGCUACGAAGGAGAUUGAUGAUGAUGAUGAUGAUGACGACAACGUUGAUAUAAUAGCACAAGAUAAAAAUGAAAUAUAUAACCCAUUUAUGGAUUCUCAUGUCCCAACCAUGGAAGAACGUGCUGCAAGAAGGGCCCAAUUACUAGCAGAGGAUCCUGAUAUUGAAAAUACAAUAACAUUCGUUAAUAAAAGAGAUAAAUCACAAAUUAAAAAAUAUAAAUUAUCAAACCAUGAAUUAGAAAGAUUUAAACCACGUAUGUUAUUUGAAAAUGAAUUAUAUAAAAAUCAAGAGAAUCAAGAGAAUCAACAGAAUGAUUCAAAAUAG